UCUCUUGAGUGUCAUCACAUCCGCAGCCCCACAAACAACUAUCCCAAGCAAACUGACAUAUGUUGCCAACAGCGAAGUUUUCAAAUACUUGAAGCCGAGGUACCGCAGCGACAUCCCAUGGCUGAACAUCGUUUUUGCAGUUAUGGGUUGCUCCUCCCGAACGGAACCACAAUUGAGCUGCAAUACGUGGGUGAAGAAAACGGCACCAGCAACAGAGAGACCACUUCCAUAUCUAGCUGAGAACACAUUUCUUCAAGCUUCCCAGUUACACUGCAGUGACUCUCUUGGCGAUGACUAGGACACCGCAGCCCAAUUGUAUACAGCCGCCACGAGAGCCACACCUUCAGUAAGCAGGUGCACCACCGUCAUGAAGCUGGUGGUGCUCGCCCUUCUGGUGGUGAACAAAUCCGGCGUUCUUCACUGUCCAGGCCACAAAGGCAGGGACCUUACGCAGCUCCAUACUGAUUUUCGCGACAUGAUACGAAACUUGGAGCAAUAAAACAUCCCUGACAGUUACACGUAUGGCUUCCCGCACGGCGCCAUCUUUCCGCAGCUCUACGUGCCUCACGAACAUGGGUGCCAGCUCAAUCAUCGGAUCGCCGGAUCAUUCCCAUUCCAUACUGUAAGGCCUCCCACAUUCACUAAGGAUGGAUGGCGUGUCUGGCCGGCACGGAAUGAAGGCAUCUCACCAAACCAGACAUAAGACAACAAUAAUGAAGUAAUGGAGCAUUAAAUGUUGGCACGCCCGGAGGAUGCCCAUGACCAUGACUAUCUGCUGAAUGACCACGCCCGCGCACUCAUGACCCGCCAGAGGAGUCCAAGGAUUCUCCACACGCUGAGGACGACCUGCCUGACUCGCACGGCAGCCCCUGCAGACUGCACCAACGUUGAUGUGCACUACGUGGGUGAUGAAAAUGGGUACCGCGUCCAGUACCUGUUCAUCCACUCCCUCCGCCCGCUACCCGCAUGUCUCGAGGAUGCCCACGACCAUGACGACCCGCUGUACGAUCCUGCCACUCAUGACCCGCCCGAGGAGUCCACGGGUUCACCACACAAUGAGGACGACCUGCCUGACUCACACGGUGAAGACCACGGUGAAGACCACGGCCCUUCAGACUCCCACAUCGAUUAUAAUGUGACUGACUCACACACACCUUACUCACACACACACACUGACUGUCAAGCUCCUUCAGACUUUCACACUCCCUCUGAUUCUCACACUCCCAGUGACACACACACUCCUGACUCACACUUCCUCUGACUCUCACUCUCACGCUAAUAACCAACACUUGGAGUCACCUCAUGAAAGCGUCAACUCCCUCACCCUCGACCGGCGACCAGUUGGCUGAGGACAGUCUCACACUCACCAGCAAGGAACACAAUGACUCUUAGUAAACAGUCCAUAGUUGAUAGGAAGUGAAUAUGUACACACAAACCAAAUAAAUAGAUAUAAUUGA